AUUCUCCAUAUCAUCAUCAUCAUCAUCAUCAUUGGUUAAGAGAUGGAAAUUCUAUUGAAGACUAUUACAACUGUACAAGGUGUCGAUAUAAGACACCUAUAUUCUCCACUGGUUUUGUUUCAGUUGUUUUUCUACCAGCAAGGCGAGUCGUUUACUCAUCAAGAUUUACUUUUUCUUAUUAUAGUAUAAAUCCAAAUGGUAUUUUUAACAUGACUGAUUGUCGAUAAAACGAAACCGAAUUUGGAUAAUCGGUUGCAUCACACACAUAAUUCUCGUAAAAGGACUCCUGCAAAUGAUAGAAUAGUGAAUCAGUGAUUUUAAUUUAUAAAUUUCUUUUUUGAGUGAAUUCAAAAAAAAAAAAAAAAGGAAGAAAAAAAAAUGGGUUGCAUUUUUUCUUGCUGUAAACCGAGGCGUGAUAGUGGACGUUAUGAAAAACCACCUUUAGAAAGCGAUUUUUGCAAUAAUUUUAAACAAGGUCUAUGUAUGGGAUCAAUUUUUCGGAAACUAUGCGGAAUAACAAAAAAAGUUGAAGACGAGGACUAUAGAUCGUCAAUUUUGACAGUAACAAGCGUGGAUCCAUUGAUUGUGGAAAAUGGCAAAGCGCAUAAAACAUCGAAAUAUGAAUUAAUGAAUCGAAUUGGAAAGGACGCGCGACUCGUUAUUCGUCGGGGUCAAGAAUUUUACAUAAAUCUCACACUAUCGAGAAAUUACGAUCCGAUAAAUGAUGGAAUAUCAUUAGUAUUUACAUUGAAUGGCGUUCCACAUGUAUCAAGUGGUCUUGGAACAUUGGUGGCAAUUCCAGUUUUAGAGGAAAAUGAAACUUCAAAUGGAACAUGGCAGGCAAACAUCGAUAAAUUAGAAGAAAAUGAAAUGCGAAUCAAGAUAAUUCCAAAUGCUGAUGCAAUUAUUGGAAAAUGGAAAAUUGAAAUCGAUACAAAAAGAAAAGACUCGGGUGGUGCAAUAAGUUUCAGUUUAGAGGAACAAUUUUAUCUGAUUUUUAAUCCAUGGUGUAAAGAUGACGCAGUUUAUUUGCCCGAUGAAAGCGAAAGAGAAGAAUAUGUUUUAAUGGAUUCGGGAUUAAUUUGGAGAGGUACUCACAAUAGUAUGACGUCCACUGCCUGGAAAUAUGCACAAUUCGAAGAAAAUAUUCUUGAAUGUGCAAUAUAUUUAAUGAUAAACGUUGGAGGUGUCAGAUCCAAAUCGAGAAAUGAUCCAGUUAUGAUAUCCAGAUGCCUUUCCGCCGCUAUAAAUGCAAAUGAUGACAAUGGUGUAUUGAUAGGUAAUUGGUCGGAAGACUUUCAUGGUGGUACAGAACCAACAAAAUGGUUGGGAUCAAAAAAAAUUCUACAGGAAUAUUUUAGAAAAAAAAAAUCAGUAAAAUUUGGACAAUGUUGGGUAUUUGCCGGUGUAUUGGCAACAAUAUGUCGAACACUUGGACUACCAUGUCGUGUAGUUACAAAUUAUCUCAGCGCACAUGACACUGAAAAUAGUUUGACAAUUGAUUAUUUUGUCGAUGAAGAAGGAAAAGUAAUGAAAGAACUUAGCAAUGAUUCCGUUUGGAAUUAUCACGUUUGGAAUGAGGUUUGGAUGAAGAGAUUAGAUUUAGGACCAGAAUAUUCUGGUUGGCAAGCAAUUGACGCAACACCACAGGAAUUGAGUUCCGAUCUUUUUCGUUGUGGUCCAGCAUCUGUGGUUGCAGUGAAAAAUGGCGAAAUUCUCAAACCCUACGAUAAUGCAUUUCUUUUUGCGGAAGUUAAUGCCGAUACAGUUUUUUGGCGUUACAAUGGACCCUCACAACCAGUUAAACUUGUCAGCAGACGUAUUGACGCAAUUGGACUGUCAAUUAGUACAAAAGCUGUUGGAAAAUGGAGUCGAGAAGAUAUAACCGAUACCUACAAACAUCCGGAAAAGACAACAGAAGAAAGAGAUAUCAUGCUGAAGGCGUUGCGUCAAAGUGAAAGCUCAUUUAGCCGAUUUUAUUUGAAUGAAGAUUUCAACGAUAUUAGAUUUAAUUUCGAUCUACUUGAUGAUAUUAUAAUUGGACAGCCAUUCAAUGUUCGAAUGAAUGUCCAAAAUUUAAGUAACGACGAAGAUUAUCGUGUUAAUUUAAUUUUAAGAGUGGACGUUGUUAAUUAUACAGGUGUAGUUGGUAAAGAAGUGAAAAAAAUCAAAAUGGACAAUAUGUUAAUAAAUCCAAAUGCCGAUGACUCAAUUGAUUUGCCAGUUACUUGGAGGGAAUAUUCUCCUCAUUUGCAAAAUGACACAACUUUUCAAAUUUCUUGUUUAGCAACAAUUAAGGAAACUGAUUUCGAAUAUUAUGCACAAGAUGAUUUGAGAGUGAAAAAACCAGAAAUUAUCGUCAAGGUACUGAGCGAUCCAAAGGUUUAUUACGAGCUUCAAUGUUCGGCUGAAUUUGAAAAUCCACUUCCAAUUUCAUUGAGAAAAGGAAAAUUCCUCAUCGAUGGUCCAGGAUUGAAAAAACAAUUGGAAUUAGUUCUUUCACAACCCGUGGAAUCAGGAGAAAUUGCCAAAUGUUCCUUUUCAAUGAUACCAAAACAAUCCGGUAAAGCCACAAUUAUUGUCAAAUUUUAUUCCAAAGAAUUAUCAGAUGUCGAUGGUUUCAAAGAAUUCAUGGUGAAAUCUGGAAAUUCUUAUUAAAAUUCAUUAUUAGCCAUAAAAAGAAACUAUUUUAUUAUUGUUUAGCAAUAAUUUUUAAAAUCAGAAAAUUCUUGCGUGCCUUAUAGUAAUAAUUAUAUAUAUAUAUUUAUAGAAAUAAUUAUAUAUAUAUGCUAAUAAAAAAAAUAUUCAUAAACUAUCAUCUAAUAAAUAUUUAAUUAAAUUUUAAUUUAACUAAUUAAAAAUAUUUAUUAUUUUCCACU